AGCCUGAGUAAUGAGCGAUAACCACAAAAAUGCAAUCGAAGGAUGUCAUUCCAUAUUGCCACAUCAACGAGCACUAUAAAAGUGUAAUAUGUGAAAUUGCUUUGUAUACAGAUGUACUCUGUAGUGGUCAUUAAAGGCCUGUGUUAAAAAUAAGAUGAAGUCUGAUUUAAUUUCUGGCUUAUUUUUUCUUGUACUUCUGAGCUACAGUCCAGCUUUCAAGCAACUGGAGGAUGUUUAUGAAUACCUAUGGGAAAGCAACAUGCACAUUGCCAACAAGACGCUCCAUAUCGACUUCCUGAAGCAGAUGCAAAGCGGUGAGCUGCAGGCUGAGCGCUACGUUGCCUUCACCCUGCAGGACAUUAACUACCUGCUUAAGAUAACCAGCAUGCUAAAGGAGUUGCAGGAGAAGGUGCAGACCCCAGAAGACGUGAGCGCUUUCAUGAAGGGGAGAUACAUAAGUUACAAGAAGUUUGCGGGCUUCCUUCUCAGUCGGAAUUUCCUUAAGGGUGCAUCUCAGAUCAAGCCAACACCAACCAUGAAGAAGUACCUGGCUGACUACAGAGAGGUGAUGCAAACAGAGCGUGAUCCUCUCUACUUCGCUGUGGCCCUCCUGCCCUGCUCCAGACUCUGGCUCUGGUUGGCUAACAAGCUGGACAUACCCUCCAGCAAUGCCUACUACACAUGGAAGAAAGAAAAUAUGGAGGGCCACCCUGAGAAGCAUUACAAAGCUAUGCUGAACAAGUAUCUAAACACAAGUGAGAAAGUGCAGAAGGCCAGUAACAUCUUCAAGAUGCAAAUGCAGAACGAGCACGACUUCUUUGGGUCAUCUUGAGCUGAUAACUAGGUGUGGCUUAUGAUUUCAGCUGCCUUGUGACCUGUGUAAAAAUGUUCAAAUAGUUGAACCUUAACAGUUAAUCUACUGAAAAUAAGUAAAUUA